AUGAAGCUCGUGCCACCCAACAGAAGACACUACGUGGUGGGUCGUUGCGAUGAGUUGUUGCAAAAAUUGCAAGAAAAAUACAGAGGCGUCCUGUGGUGCAUGCCGCGCGCGUCAGACAGAGAGGCGCUGGGCAUCAAGAUUCAGGGCUCGAGGCGACACGUGACCACACUACAGGAGGGAAUCGCCAGUAGCCUUCAGGAGGCGGAGGCGCGUCUGAAGAAGGAACACGAGACACGCGAGGCACAGAAGGAGCGAGCGAGAGUGACACUUCUGGAGGACCCCAUGAAACAGGUGGCGGCUCUACAGGAAGCAAUUGCCGUGCGCCUACAGGAUGUGGAGGCGCGGCUCAAGAAGGAGUGGGAGAGGCGACGCGUUGAGGAAAGUGCAGGUGACGGUCGCCGUGCCGCCGAACCGCCGCCAUCUGUUGACCGGAUCCAAGGGGGGAAAUCGAGUAGCGGCUGCAGCAGCAGGAGGAGGCACACAGGGCACAGGCGCAGCUGCAGCCAGCAGGAGGAGGAAUGCAGGGCACAGGCGCGACUGCAGCAUCACCAUGAGACACGUACGGCACAAGCGCAGCUGCAGCACCAGCAGGAGGCACGCAGGGCACAAGCACGGCUGCAGCAGCAGGAGGAGGCACACAGGGCACAAGCGCGACUGCAGCAGCAGGAGGAGGCAUGCAGGGCACAAGAGGAGGCACGCAGGACACAAGCGCGGCUGCAGCAGCAGGAGAAGGCAUGCAGGGCACAUGUGCGGCUACAGCACCAGGAAGAGGCACGCAGGGCACAGGCGCGGCUGCAGCAGCAGGAAGAGACACACAGGGCACAAGCGCUGCUGCAGCAGCAGGAAGAGGCACACAGGGCACAGGCGCGGCUGCAGUGCUGCAGCAGGAAGAGGCACGCAGGGAACAAUCACGGCUGCAGCAGCAGGAAGAGGCACGCAGGGCACAGGCGUGGCUGCAGCAGCAUGAAGAGACGCAGGGCGAAGGCACAGCUGCAGCAGCAAGAAGAGGCACGCAGGGCACAGGCGCGGCUGCAGCAGCAGGAAGAGGCACGCAGGGCACAAGCGUGGCUGCAGCAGCAGGAGGAGGCGCGCAGGGCAAAAGCGCGGCUGCAGCAGGCACAGGCACAGCUGCAGCAGCAGGAGGAGGCACGCAGGGCACAAGCGCGGCUGCAGCAGCACGAAGAGGCACGCAGGGCACAGGCGCGGCUGCAGCAGCAGGAAGAAGCAUGCAGGUCACUGGCGCGGUUGCAGCAGCAGGACGAGGCGCGCACGGUGCAGGCGUGGCUGCAGCAGCAGGAAGAGGCACGCAGGGCACAGGCGCGGCUGCAGCAGCAGGAAGAGGCACGCAGGGGACAGGCGCGGCUGUAUCAGUAUCAAAAGGCACGCAGGGCACAGCAGCAGGAAGAGGCACGCAGAGCAAAGGCGCAGCUGCAGCAGCAGGAAGAGGCACGCAGGGCACAGGCACGGCUGCAGCAGCAGGAAGAGGGACGCAGGGCACAAGUGCAGCUGCAGCAGCAGGAAGAGGCACGCAGGGCACAGACGCGGCUGCAGCAGCAGGAAGAGGCACGCAGGGCACAAGCGUGGCUGUAA